AUUGUAUACAGAAUAGCAGACGAAAUGACGAAGUGAGCAACAGUUGUUGAAGUCGAACAGCUGCCAUAAUAACAAAUCGAAAACAACGAUAAAUGGCGCAGUAGAAUUUAAAAGCUUUCAAAAAACCUAGCGUAAUAAAUUGAACUCUUAAACAAGUACUGCGCCUCACACUGAAAUGGCUCAAGACGAUCUCAACUGGAAAACAUUUUUUGAAGAGAAUUCAAAACCCAAUCAUUUUGAUGAAAAUGUUAAAUUGAUUUCCGAAGUUUGUCAACAAGCAGCCAUAAAAAAAUUGCGUGUUGCAUUGAUAACGUCUGGUGGAACCACAGUUCCUCUGGAGAAAAAUACAGUCCGUUUCAUUGACAAUUUUAGUGCUGGAACAAGAGGAUCUGCUUCUGCUGAAUAUUUUCUUGAAGCAGGAUACCAAGUUAUUUUCUUACAUAGAUCUAAAUCUCUUGAACCAUAUUCUCGGCAUUUGGUAGGAAGAAGCAUCUUUGAUAUGAUUGAAAUUUGUCCUGAAAACAUAAUUGUUGGAGAAAAACACCAGGCUGAAAUGAGGAAAUUGACAGAGAAAUACCAACGCUACAAGUCCAAUUUGCUGAUGAUUUCUUUCAACUCUUUGUCAGACUACCUCUGGUUGUUGCAGGCAACAGCCCAAAAAAUGCAAAUUUUAGGUCCUUUAGCUUUGUUGUAUCUAGCAGCUGCAGUUUCAGAUUUUUACAUACCUGCAUCCCAGAUGCCAUGCCACAAGAUACAGUCCUCAGGUGGUCCUCUCAGCCUUUCACUACAACUUGUCCCCAAAAUGUUAGCUCCAUUGGUUACUCUUUGGGCCCCAAAUGCCUUCAUCGUUUCUUUCAAACUUGAAACUAACGAGGCGCUUUUGGAAACCAAAGCAAAGGAAUCGCUGGAGAAAUAUCAUCAUCAUGUUGUGAUUGGCAAUCUGUUACACAGUCGGAAGGUUUACGUUCUCCUCGUAGACCGCAACAAUUCUGCUCCAGAGGAAAUACGACUCUCUGAUUCUGAAAUAGAAAGUGGUAUUGAAAUCGAAUCAAAAAUUGCUGAAAAUUUGAAAAUUAGGCACGACAACUACUACGCAAAUCAUAAAACAGGCUAGUGUGAAGAUAAAUUUGAUGUGGUUUGUAGCAAUAGUUUCUUUCUCAAUUGGUAUGCCCUGUUCAAUAACCGGAUAUUAUAAAGUGCAAAGAAA